AUGAGGCUCACCAAGCUCGUGCUCACGCUGCUGCUCCUCGGCCUCGCCGGCCAGGCCGCGUGCCAGGAGGACGACUACGGCGAAGACGACUUUGGCGGCGGCGGUGGGUACGGCGAGGAGGAGGAGGAGGAGGACCCUCCGCCGGCGCCGGCCGGAGACGGGGCCGCGCGCGAGCUUUCGUCGGUCGCGGACCUGGAGGCCUUCAUGGAUGACAACGACGCGUCUGUGGUGGGCGCCUUCCUCGAGAAGGAGAUGCCUGACCCGGCGGCCGUCAUGCCCGAGGACUGGGACGAGGACGAGGACGGAACGUGGGAGGCGCCCGUUGUCACGAACCCGGAGCUGGCCGCGUUCAACUCGAUCGCUUCGUCGCUGUACAACUACCGCUUCGCCUUCUCGGCGGCGCCCGACGUGCUCGCCAAGCUCAAGUCCAAGACGGGCGGCCUCUACCUCUACCGCUCGCCCAAGUUUCUGUCUGCCGAGCACGGAGACAAGCCGCGCGAGCGCUUCCCGUCGACAAAGCUGUCCGAGUCCGCGGUCCGCAACUGGCUCAACAGCAAAGCGCAGCCGCUGGUCGGGCUCUACUCCUCCUCCACCAAGGAGCGCUACUCCGGCGCGACACUCGUCGUCUUCUUCAACCUCGACUUCGCGAAGAAUGCAAAGGGCGUCAGCUACGUGCUCAAGCGCGCGCGCAAGGCGGCGGCCAAGCUCAAGGGCAAGCUGGCGGUCGCGGUCGCGUCGAGCACAGACCUGAGCUACGAGCUGGGCGACUACGGCCUACCGACCGACAAGCCAAACACCAUCCUGAUGGGCAUCUCGGCCGGCGGGCAGUACUAUGCGCCGGCCGACGGCGCCGCCGCCUUCUCGGGCGACACGAUGAGUGAGUUUGCGCGCGCCUUCUUGGCCGGGGAGCUCACGCCGUACGAGAAGCCGGAGCCGGAGCCGGCGGCCGGCGGCGGCGACGAGGACCUCAGCGACAGCGAUGAUGACUAUGGCGGGGGCGACGAGGACGACGAGUACAAGGACGAGGCCUAGGCGAGGCAGGCACCGCCGGCCGAGGCGCAGCCAUGGUUCAUGUCUGACGGAGCGGUCCCGGAACGUUCGAAGACGGGGCUGGGGCGCGGGCCCCGCGCCGUGGCGGUGGAAGCCGCUGGGAUCGUGUGUGAGAGCCCGUUCCCGCGCCUGUGUUGUCGCGCGGUACGCGCGUGCGGGCUGAGCGCUCUCGCUUGUGUGUGGCCCCUCGUACUGUUAAGACGUCUCAGUCCAC